CCACCCCUGGGGACUGCGGCUCAGCCUCCCUCUGCCCUGCUGGGGCCUCUCUGCGCCUCUCCAACAGCCUGCGUGGUACCUACCGGUCCUCGCUCCUUUGCAGCAGCCUUGCUCCAGGCUCCCCAUCCUCACCCGGCCGCCCAAGCAAGCAUCCGUCUUCUCCGGCCAGGCCCUGCACUGCACUAGCUCCAGGAUCCUCCAGCCAUGGCAGGUCCCUUUUCUCGCCUGCUGUCAGCUCGCCCCAGGCUCGGGCUCCUAGCUCUAGCCGGAGCUGGGUCUCUAGCAGCUGGGUUUCUGCUCCGCCCCGAACCUUUACGAGCAGCGGGUGAACGACGAAGGCUCUAUCCCCCAAGUGCUGAGUACCCAGAUCUCCGAAAGCACAACAACUGCAUGGCCAGUCACCUGACCCCAGCAGUAUAUGCCCGGCUCUGCGACAAGACCACACCCACUGGUUGGACGCUAGAUCAGUGUAUCCAGACUGGAGUGGACAAUCCCGGCCACCCCUUCAUCAAGACUGUGGGCAUGGUAGCUGGAGAUGAGGAGACUUAUGAGGUAUUCGCUGAGCUCUUUGACCCUGUGAUCCAAGAGAGACACAAUGGAUAUGAUGCUCGAACAAUGAAACAUACCACCGAUCUGGAUGCCAGCAAGAUCCGUUCUGGCUACUUUGAUGAGAGGUAUGUAUUGUCCUCAAGAGUCAGAACUGGCCGAAGUAUCCGGGGUCUCAGUCUGCCUCCAGCCUGCACUAGGGCAGAGCGACGAGAGGUGGAACGUGUUGUAGUGGAUGCCCUGAGUGGCUUGAAGGGAGACCUGACUGGACGUUACUAUCGGCUCAGUGAGAUGACAGAGGCUGAGCAGCAGCAGCUUAUUGAUGACCACUUUCUCUUUGAUAAGCCUGUAUCCCCAUUGCUGACUGCAGCAGGAAUGGCUCGAGACUGGCCAGAUGCUCGUGGGAUCUGGCACAACAACGAGAAGAGUUUCUUAAUCUGGGUGAAUGAAGAAGAUCAUACCCGGGUCAUCUCCAUGGAAAAGGGUGGCAACAUGAAGAGAGUCUUUGAAAGAUUCUGCCGAGGCCUCAAAGAGGUAGAGCGACUGAUCCAGGAGCGUGGCUGGGAGUUUAUGUGGAAUGAGCGUUUGGGAUACAUCUUGACUUGCCCAUCUAACCUAGGCACAGGACUUCGGGCAGGAGUGCACAUCAAACUUCCCCUUCUAAGCAAAGAUAACCGUUUCCCAAAGAUUCUGGAGAACCUAAGACUCCAAAAACGUGGUACUGGAGGAGUGGACACAGCAGCCACUGGCAGUGUCUUUGACAUCUCUAAUUUGGAUCGGCUGGGCAAGUCAGAGGUGGAGCUGGUGCAACUGGUCAUCGAUGGAGUAAACUAUUUGAUUGACUGUGAACGGCGCCUAGAGAGAGGCCAGGAUAUCCGCGUGCCUCCACCUCUUCUUCAUGGCAAGCAUUAAUUUUCCACCUCCAGGAGAUGACUGAAGACCCCUAGGACUUCUGUUCUUUCUAACAGUGGCCCAUUCCUCUGGCCCUGGAUGUCCCUUCCUCUCAUCACUCCCUCUGUUCUAGUAAAAAGUCUUGCUAUGCUCCUA